CGCUAGUCCGGUUUGCGGCUGCGUUCGAGGGGUUUGAAUUAGUUGGGGGGUGGGCAGGAGACAACGGGGAUCCAUGGAAGACGAGAGCUUACUCCGUGCCAAAAGGUUAUGGAUAUCGGGAUGGUGCUAUAAGCGGGGAUAAAUUAAAUACAGUGAUGGAGACCUCGACUAUCGCUUUCAAAAAAUAAAAGCUGCGGAAGAGAGAGAAACUCCCUAGGGAAAAUAAUAAUUCAUAAAUUAUCCCUUCCUCCCUCUCCCUCUUCUCUCCCUCUUCCUGUCUUUUUUCGCCUCCUUGUCCGAGUCGCCCGUCCUUACCUCUGCUUGUGUGAGUGCUUUUGCGACUCGUAUCCCUUUUCCUCUCCUUUCUGCUCGUUUGGUCUGCACAGACGUGAGCUCGUUGAGCUUGAUAACAAGGAGUCCUCUCCCUCUUUGACAAGCCCUGCUUCUGUGGCUCAAAGGAGCAUUCCCCUGUAGGAAAGGAGGAACGAACAAAGGGACGGCAAAAAAAAAGAAAAAGAAGAAGAACAACGUUCAUCAAAGAUGUCGGACAAUUCGGAGAAGAAUAACCAGGGGACGGUCGAAGCCGCCGUGCCAGAACCGCGCAAGCGCGGCUGUGCUGCGCAUUGCAAGCGCUUUUGGUGGGCCUAUCUCAUUGGCUUCAUCGUUGUCGUCCUUGUUGUCGUCCUGCCUGUCAUCUAUGUUGGAUACCCGAACAUUGCCCAGCGUGAUGUCAACCGAUCGACUCUCGAGAUCACGGAGAUGGAAAUCACCGACCCAGCUCCAGAAUCCUUCCAUAUCAGACUGACGCAGGUCAUCGGCUCCAAGAGCAAAUAUCACCCAAUACUCGACGCUUUCAACGCCGACGUUUCCCUCCCCGACAACGAGCAGCCAUUCCUCAAGCUCGAUGUGCCAUCUGUCAAGGCCGUCGAUGGAGCCGUUGCUAAAAUCGACCAGGACGUAUCCCUGCCCAAUGCCGACGCUUUUGCGGCUUUCUCCCUCGCUGUCAUGAAGCAAGAAGACGUUUCCAUGAUCAUCCACGGCCGGACUGGCCUGCGAGAAGGAUCCCUGCCCAAGACCACCGUAAACUACGACAAGACCGUCACAUUGAAGGGCCUCAACGGUCUCAAGGGCUUCAACGUGACCGAUUUUGACCUCAUCACUCCUGCCCUGGAUGACGGAACUAACAUGAGAGGAAACGUGUUCAUCCCUAACCCUAGCGUCAUGACUCUCACCAUGGGCAACCUCACACUCAACCUCUCCGUGGACGGUGAACCCAUUGGCCAAUCCUUCAUGAACAAUGUCGUCAUCCGCCCCGGUGACAACAACGUCGAAAUGACGUCCAAAGUCAACCAAGCCAAGGUCCUCGGCCUCAUUGCCGGCAGAAGCGCCCCAUACCGAGACGGCAUCCUCCCCAUCGAGAUCGUCGGAGAGUCGGCCAGGUACAACGGCGAGGAUCUCCCUUACUAUACUAAGGCCUUAGCCUCCAACCGACUCCAUGUGGACUUGAAUGUCGGAGCGGUGUUGUUCGAGUAAACACCCCUCCCCUCCUGUUCCAUUUUGCCCAUUUUUAUACUUUUAUAUAUCCCAUCAUUGGUGUUCUUAUUGUUAUUAUUUUUCACUUCGUCCAUAUCAAAGCAUCCCGAGCCGGAAUGCUGUAUAAUCUUUCGGGGCCAGAACAAUGCAUAUAUCUUGGUCGGUUUAUUUGGAGGCUGGCUAUCUGUAUACAUACAUAACAUACCGGGAAAAGGUCACAUAUCCACACAUGUGCCUACCUACCUUAUUCAUGGUUCAUAAACCACGAUCAUGUUGCUUUUCUUUUGGGGAGUUGGAACCAGAUUUUACAUUGGAAAUAUCUGCCAAAUGCUCUCCCCGCCCCACAGGCGUCUGACAUGCUGUCCGUGGGUGUCCGUGGUACUGUAUGCGAUAAAUGUUUGGAUACCCUACUAGGCUUGCAUAUGCCUGUUGAGAGCACUCUAUGCUUACAUGAGAGUUGUAUAUAGUUCGUAAUAAUGAAUAAUGGCAGCAGCUGUACACGCGAAA